AUGGGAAACUUCGAGGUGCAGACGCAGUGCGUUGUGGAAGCUUUAUUCCUGGACCUCCGCAGUGAAGAUGAGAGCGACUGCCGGAGCCUGGAGACAGAUUCAGGAGUGUCACUGCAGUCGGAGGAGAGCGAUGAGAUGUUUUCCAAGUUUGACCCAAUCGUGAUCGCCAGUCGCCUGCGGCGGAUGGGGGACCAGUGCAACAUGGAUUUUGAACGGGUUUCCUCAGAGGCUCUUGCUGAAGUGCUCAAGGGGAAGGUGGAGAAGUUUGGGGCUGCUGUGGACUCUCUCCGCAGGAACUGGAGUGACCGGAACCCUGAGCUGGUCUACGAGAGAGCUUUUCUCAGUGUUUCUGUGAAAUUGCUAACAUAUAUUGCUAAGAAAAUCCCAGAUUUGCUGCAUCCCACCCACCUCAUACAAGUGAUUAAUGGAAAUGCUCAAGUGAGAAACUACAUUGAGGCCCACGGUGGAUGGGAGAACUUGGACAAUUGA